UUUUCUUGAAUAUGCUGCAAAGCAGAGAGUAGAGAACCAGAUUUACAGGUCGUACAGGUAUGGCUGGGAGGAGCCGUGGAUUAUCAGGUGUGGUUUGCCACCAACCAAAUACCAGCAGCGCACCGACGACAAACAGCCAACAGCGGAAAGUUGCCUUGAAACGCCACAAGUGUGGAGUGGAAUAAAACAUCAACCCGUGGCCGGUGCGACAUCCCCUAGCGUGUGCCUGUAGGAACGGAAGAAUUGUGCAUGCAGAGGGGACAGAUGGCCCAACGAAGGGAGGAAAGUAAGGGUGACGAUCCGAAGAUUGAACUCUUUGUCAAGGCCAGCAGUGAUGCCGAAAGUGUGGGCAACUGUCCUUUCUCUCAGAGACUCUUCAUGAUUCUCUGGUUAAAAGGGGCCAAAUUUCUACUCACCACAGUAGACAUGAAAAGAUCCCCGGAUGUGCUGAAGGAGUUGGCUCCGGGCUCUCAGCCUCCGUUUCUGGUCUUCAACGAUGAAGUCAAAACGGACGUGAAUAAAAUCGAGGAGUUCCUGGAGGAGAGAUUAGCACCGCCCAAGUACCCCAAAUUGUGCUGUCGAUACAAGGAGUCCCUGUCAGUUGGAGAAGACGUCUUCCGCAAAUUCUCCGCAUAUAUUAAGAAUUCCAUCCCUGGAUUAAAUGACAUGUUGGAGAAGAAAUUCCUGUCAACCUUGGUGAAGCUCAACAUGUACUUUAUGACGCCUCUCCCUCACGAGUUGGACCAGAACCCGAACCUCACAGAAUCUUCGCGCCCCUACCUGGAUGGAGACUCUCUCACUUUGGCCGACUGCAACCUGCUUCCCAAACUCAACAUUGUCAAGGUGGUGUGCAAGGUGUACCGCAACUUUGACAUCCCCCCUGAACUGAAAGGCCUCACUCGGUACCUGGACAACGCCUACAAAAAGGAUGAGUUUCGCCUGAGUUGCCCAAAGGACAUCGAGGUCCUCCUCGCGUACAAAUCUGUGGCAAAGUAUCUCAAUAAAUAGAAGACCGGAUAAAGAGGUUAUACAGGGUGUCCCAAAAGUAAAUCUACACAUCCUUUAUGAAUUUUUGGUUGUCUGCACUUGACAGCUUAAGGGGUUUACAAGUUUUCGAAAGCAGGAAAUCCUUACUUUGUCCUUUGGCUCAACCAGUUGACAAUGGCGCUUGCGCUGCAAGUCACACUGAAUUCAACGCGGCGGGUUUCUUGAAGCAGGAUUUCGUGUUGAAUGACCUUUCGGACACCCUUUGUAAGAUAUUGCUUACAACUGUCAGUUUAGCUUCAAAACCCACAGACCUACUUUUAAAUGUCUUCAUGUGUACAUGCUGCAUUAACUAUUAAAAUCCUAUGGUGUUA